AGUGUGUUUUAUGGCGGUCGAAAGGCAUGGCUUUAGCUGCGCGCUUGACAUCCUUAUCCUGUCUAAUUUAGAUCAAUAUUAUUGUGUUCAAAACUGCUAAUUGUAGCUUGUAGCCAAUGUUUGAUCAUUCAUCUCAAUUUAUGACGAUGCGUUAUUGUAACAUUAAACUUACUAGAUACAAGUACCACGUUCAAUGCCUCAAUAAGCAAUUUUGUUUACCUGCAGACAAAGUUGCAAUAACUUUGUUCAAAACGCUUUGGAAACCUUGUUGUUUACUAAAUUGUUUCGGUGAUUAGGCACAUGAGUUGUUUGCUUCUCCAAGUUUAAGGAAAUCAGUGCCUACAUGAAGAAGGGGCGCUGCGAUGACAUCAGACCUGUGCUCAGAGGAUGUGGUGGUGCGUAUCACAACCCCGCAGAUCAUUACUCAGGCGGGGGGCGGUGCGGGCGGUGCGGGCGGCGCGGGCGGGCGGGUGGCGGCGUCGUCGGCGGCCGUGGAGCUGGGCCGGCGGCUGCUGCUGGCGGCGCGGGCGGGCGACACGCAGCUCGUGCUCGACCUCAUGGCCAAGGGCGCGCCCUUCACCACCGACUGGCUGGGCACGUCGCCACUGCACCUGGCGGCGGGCGGCGGCCACGCGGCCACCUGCGCCGUGCUGCUGCGCGCCGGCCUCACGCGCGACGCGCGCACCAAGGUGGAGCGGACCGCGCUGCACCUCGCCGCCGCCGCCGGCCACGCCGCCGCCGCGCGGCUCCUGCUCGACGCCGGCGCCGCGCCCGACGCGCGCGACCUGCUGCGCAUGACGCCGCUGCACUGGGCGGCGCAGCACGGCCACGCGGCCGCCGCGCGCGAGCUGCUGCGCGCGGGCGCGGACCCGGCCGCGCUCAGCAAGUUCCACAAGACGCCGCUGUCGCUGGCGCGCGAGCUGGGCCGCGCCGACCUCGUGCGCCUCAUGGACGACGCGCUGCGCGAGCGCGAGGCCGCGCGCUCCGUGUCCGCGCUGCACGAACAAAUGGCCGAAAUAUCCCCCACGGAAUCUCAGAUGGAAACAUUUGAUGCUGUACAAAGAAUCCAAGAUUUGAAACCUACCAAGACGAAGCAAGCUGAAAAGACAAUUAAACAGGAAUUUAAAAUUGAGAGCGCGGGCGACUCGGGCGCGGCGGCGCUGCUGCGGCAGCACGGCAUCACGCUGCUGCCGGCCGACGACGGCAGCACGGUGCUCAGCGCGCUGCAGAGCGGCCGCACCGUCGUGCUCUCAGAUGCUGGAAAAUUAAUGUUGAAAGAGAGUGAAACCACGCCGCCCGUCACCAGCAAAGCGACUUCAAGUGCCAAUCAAGGGAAGGGCAUGGUCCUCACGGCCACACCCGUCAAGUCGCCGCCCAAGCCCGGCGUCAAAAUAUUCACGCUCAACAACAAACUUCUUGCCGCUCCCAAGGAUAACAAGAUACCCGUUAAGAAGAUCAUCAACCCGCAGGACAUGCAGGUGAAGUUUGUACAAUUGCCUCCUGACGCAAAAAUAAUCUCCCCAUCGAAAAUAGUACCAAUGAAAGCCAAGAACAAAGUGUCAAGUCGCGCGGCCGCGUCCGGCGUGACGUCACUGGGCAGCCAGCGGCCCGCCGUCAAGAUCAUCAUGAACAAGAGCAACUUCAACCGCCUCAUCGCCACCGCCGCCCGCGCCGACCCGCCCGAGAUAGCCGUGCCAGGAGCGAGCGAACAGGACUGUAUUGAAAUACCAGAGGACGACGUCGAAGCGUCUCCCGACUCCGAGAAUCCCGCCGUGCUGCGAGCGCAACUGGCGGCCGCAAGACGAGCUCUGGCCGCCGCCCGCCGCGAGCUCAGCACCACCCGCGCCCGCCUCGCGCAGCUCGAGCGUCUGCACGAGUAGCGCCUGCACCAGCAGUUCGGCUCUUGCACUCAACCAUCUGCUGACGUGUUUACAAAUUCCGAGUUUUGGACUGUUUGUCUCUCUAUAAUAUUUUAUCAAGCUAAGUAUAGACUGGAAAAGGAAACUGUAAUAAUAUGUAAAUAAUGUAUUAUAUAAUUAAGGAAAUUAAACAAUAUCUUUUGUAA